GUUUCAAAUAAAAUAAGAUAGCGCUCAUCAUGAGAGCCCGUCACUGUGGGACUGGCUCAGUGUUGCUGUUCGUUGCCACCAUAAGCCAACACGCCGAAAGAUGGAGUGGCCAACUCCGCCAAUAGUGUGGCUAAUGGUAGUGGCGGUUGUGGUGGCAGCUGCAGGUGUGUGGACUCUCCCCUCGAAAGAAUUUGAACCCUCCGAAUUAAGCCUGAAGAAUCUCUCUCCAGAACAGCUUGACACUUUGGUAGAGGUUAGCUUACAAAAACUGAAGGCCGAAAUUGCUACAAGUUAUGAAAAUCAGCUGAGGCGCCACCAACGGGAUUUGGCACUCCUAGAGCAGCGGGCCAGCGCCAUAGAGCAGGAAGCGCCAGACCAGCCACGUGUUCGCCGGUAUGUCAACCAGCAACAGUACUGGCACUCUUACUACAAUUUUGACAACCACAGAGACAGAAAAGUAUUAAGGAUAAAAAAUAUAACUGUAAUCCAAGAACUUGAAAAUCUAGCCAUUGAUAAAGUCAUACCUCUCAAUUUGUGGAACUUCGCGGCUAUAUACAGGACGAAAACGAAGAUGGGUUAUGUUCUGAAGAGAGGAAGGCUGCGCAAACUGCUGGUGAAGAACCAGUGGACAAAGAGCUUCCAAGGUUGCUUCUGCAACAACAUCGGCUAUCAAGGCAGCGGAGUGGAGACUGAGAGUGAAGGUUGCGCCUGCUGUCACUCGGGAUACUGCAGGUGUCUCUCGCGAAGGGAUACUUGCGUUCCGUGUACAGAGCUCUCUGUGGCAUCGUGUGAGCAGCACAAACCGAGGCCACUAUUUUUGGAGACUGCUGUGGGCUUCCAGUACUACCUCGACGAUUUCGACACGGAAUUUGGGCUUGAGAGGGUCCUCAUAGCAUACUAUGGAACAAAGCUGUCAAUAUACAGCAUUGACGACGAUGGUGUUCAACUUAUAAAGUCUAAAAACAGUUUGGACACUCAGAUUUUCGACAAGCCCGUGACGCAUCUGGGUUAUGGAGAGAUUUAUAAAGAUAACGACGGGAACAUAACAAAGGCGAGGUACCUCUUCAGCUUUUCUGCCGGCGAGAUGAACCACCGCUGCUACACGAUCGACAUUAAUGAGGGAGAGUUCACUAUUGGUUUACAGUUUUGGAAAGCAAACGGCACAGAAAUGAAGGUUUGGCAGGUUGGUUGGCGGGUGAUGGUGGCCAUCUUGUACACCGAUGGACUAGUAAUCAAAGAGCUUGUCCAGUCACUUCGUCUGCGUAAAUAUGAGCUGCGGGAUCUACAAAAAAUACGGAUGUCUGGAGGAGCUCCAAUAUUAUCAUGGACAAGCUUUACCAUGGCAUUUGAGAGCUACUUGGUGGUAGUGACUGCAGAUAGGGCAAAGGUGCUGCAUUUGAGCAAAAACUACACUCAAGUACAGGAUCUUGCUCCCGGGAACGGCAUGUCUGCUUUCUCGGCCAUUCUUCCUAUCAGCAUGCCAUGGUGGCGGGGAAAGGCUGUACUGUUGACGGGUCAGGACCGGCAGCUAGUAGCCUACGUGUGGAGUAAUGCGGCUCAGCGCUUUCAUCAGGUCUACACCAUGCGCCUUGGUGUCAGUGUUCGGGACUGGAAGAUAAGCUUUGCCUUCUUCGAUUCAUCGAGGAGCAAGUGUCUUGUUUUUGUACAAGGUGACGCCGUUGCUGUGACAUUACGGAUAGAGGCAAAUCUGGAGGACGUUGAAGACCCGGUCGCCAGCCAGAUAAGGGCGCUGCAUGGUAUCCUGCAACCUAUGAAGGAUGAGUUAAAGCAACAGUCGCAAGUGUUAGAGGAUGUGCGUAAUACGUUGCAGCAUAGUGCUAGCAAUAAGGACCUCAUUACUGGCAAUAUUACUGUAUUGAAUGGGAUACGCGUUCAAGGGACUCUCACCACUGGUGUUAUUGAGGCUGAAACCAUCAUACUUGAGAGCCUAGAUUCAAGCGGCAAAGUAACUCGGCAGCAAUAUGAAGAGGACACAGACUGGCUGCUUCACUACCACACUGUGCUUGACACACUCAACCAGACCAUCAUCAGCGUUCAUAACAGAUUGGAUGAUGCUGUGCCCGCCAACGGUAGCAAGAGGCUAAUUACUGGCAGAAAGGCCAUUUUAACCGGCGGCAUACAUGUCUCGGCGCUCACUAUCGACCGCCUUGCUGUAGGACGACCGCUCGACGCUCGAGGGAAGCCGUUACCUCUUGACGACAUACUUAUGAGCGUUGUCAGGUAUAACGACACACGAGUCGUCAGUGGGAAAAAGACUUUCUUGCGAUCACUGUCUGUGGGGGAUCUAAGGGCCGAAUACCUGGAUGACAUUCCCAUCGAUGACAUGGUGACCUCCAGGGGCAAUCAUAGAAUAGCUGGAACAACCACAUUCUCCAGCCUGAUUGCUCAGACAGUGAAACUCUCUCCUGGAGAAACAGUUGCAGGCAUUGAUAUUUCUGAAGAAAUUGUGACCCUCAACGGUGACGUUGCUUUGGGUGCUUGCAACUUCGAAGGAGUGAAAGUGGACGCUCUUACGACAAAUUCCAAAAAAGUGGACGAGGUCGACAUCCAGCGCCUGAGAAGCCGUGCCUUGACAACCCUAGGUGGCACGAUACAGGGAUCACUCUCCUUUGUUAACUCACCGGUUAUUGGUUCUUUGAACGCAAACAAAAUUAUGGGAGUAAACGUAGCCAAAUUCAUGUCAACCACAGUUUUCAGGCACAAACCAGCCAUCAUUAGUGGGCGCCUAAGUAUUCCUUCAGUGGAGGUACGUGGUGACGUACUUGUGGAUGGGUUAGUCAACGGCAAGACAUUCCCUGAUGAUUACGUUAUCAACACUGGCAAAACCAUCAGUUUUGGAUUUCAGUGGUUUCAGGAAGUCCACUUCCGGAAACUCAGUCUGGGCCCACAAUGCCGCGUGGAUGGACUUCUUCCCUCCAGUCUGGUAACCCUUCACACACCACAGACCAUUACAGGCCUUAAAAGAUUCACUGGGGGUGUUUACAUCGAGGGUGACCUGGACAUACCAUCCAAGAUGAUUGAUGGCAUAAAUAUGGAUGAGUUAAGCAACUACUUAACAAAUAUCAAGUCAGGAAGCUGGAAAUUCGAUGUGGUCUUUGAACAGUUUGUAAGUGCACCUUCAGUUUUUUGUUCAGGUUCCCUAAACAGCCUCGACUGGGUUUCCUUCAUGAAUGACAUAGUGUAUGACGACGUCCCCUCGGUGAUGAUAAACUCCACCAAAAUCUUUAGGAACGGACUGACUGUCGAAGAAGCCACAUUCCAUAAAACUUUCAAUGGUGAGAGCUUCAACAAUCUAGUGAAUACCGCAGCGCUCAACAAUAAUGUGAACAAUCGGGUCAUCACUGGAGGUAAGACCUUCCUGAAUGACGUAGCUUUUGAUUCUUUGACAACUCAGUUGGUGGCUGGAAUAGAUUUGAAUGAGAUGGCCAAUAGAGCAGUGUACUUGAAUAAACUCGGACAAACUGUCGAUGGGGUAAAGACCUUCACAGAAAUUUUAAGUGUAGAGCAUCUUAUGGUUACUGGGAAUAUAAAGAAUCUGGAUAUUGACAAAAUAGUAAGGAAGAGCACUAACCAAAUCUUUACCGUGCCGCAGUCUCUCCGUCACGCUAAUUUUAGCGACAUGGAGGUUAUCAGCAUACAAAUGGCCCAAGGGCACACGAUCAACGGCGUGAACAUCCCUUUGCUCAACAUGAAGAGAGUGAGCCUUGCCUCCCCUGGUUACUACCAAGGCGUGCUCACCAUUGAAGGGUCUGUGUUAUCCCACGCCGCCCUUACUGUCGGCACCAUUAACGGCUACAGGGCGGAUCAACUCACAAGCAACUUGGUAAUGAAGGACCAAUUCACUGUGAUCACCAGCAAUGUCAAAUUCACGGCCCUCACUGUCGACGGCCCGGUCACCACACACAACCAGACUGGUGCAAAUGGGCUUAAUAUCACCGAUAUAAGCCAGAAGGCCAUCCAUCUUUCGGAUGAUGUGAUGAUUACUGGAGACGCAACUUGGGGUGACCUGGUGUUCCAGCGUGAUGUGGCGGUGGAAGGUCUGGUGAGCGGUGUACAUCUGCUGGAGCUGAGUCAAAACGUAGUUUAUCUAGACCAGUCAACCUACGUUAUUACAGGUGAUACUGUGUAUGGGAAGAAGACGUUUGAAGGUGGCUUGACACUACAAGGCAAUCUCGAGGCCACAACUAUUAACGGGAUUGACUUGAGGAGCCGCCUCCUAACUCGCCAUACGCAGCAGAUCAUCACCGCCCCGUACUACUUUGUCGACGUAGAUGUCAAAGCUGCCCUCCACAUCUUGGGCUUUUACAACAACCGUAACCUUGCUGGCCUGGCGUCAUUUGGCCUCAGUGGCACGGACGUAAUCACAGGUUUGACAAGUUCAGGCAAAGGCUUUAAAGUUGCAUAUUGUAAUGAUUUUUGUUUAUUUCAGAACUUUUUACUCAAGUCUUGUCAGCUCUUCAUGAAAGAAAAAUUAGAUAUUGAAGCCUGCAUUGAGGACAUGGCAAAAAUAGCUAGGGCAUUAUCAGUUAUGACUGGCUAUAAACCACUCACUUAUGAGGGAAGUGUUAGCGGCGUAAACUACGAUAAAUUGCUAAGGGAAGCAAUUUAUCUGGACAGGAACCAAAGUAUCAUCAGCGACCUGAUAUUCACAAAAGAUAUCAAAGUCCAAGGAGCAAUCCACACCACGCUACUAAACCACCUGAGCAUAGCAACGCAGUAUCUGACUACCAACACGCCACAGACCCUGCCUGCAAGCCUAGUAAUAGGGACAGCUACCGCGGCUCGAGUGGACGUGGGAGGUUUAGUAAACACGUGGCAGCUCCCAGAAGAAGUAAAAGCCACCAUGAAGGCCGUCGGGGGCCAGGUGGUGUACAGCAGCAUGUCACUGAUGGGUUCGGUGGAGGUGGUGACGGAUGUGCAGGUUACUGGUCUAGUGGGACUCGACGAGAAGUUUAAUUUAUCCAGGCAGGCUGUGAGCCUUCACCACAACACUGAAAUUCAAGGGUUGGUGGUGUUCAAUGUGCCGCUUGUGGCCUCCAGCCUGAGCAGUCCGAGCGGCGUGGUGAAUGGCGUGGACGUAGGGGCCAUGCUAGCCUCUGCAUGGUAUCUUGACCAGCGCACAGUAAUUAAUGUGCCCGUAGACUUCACAGCACCAGUUGUAUUUGAGGGAGCUCUUCUGACAAAUAACACUUUGGAUUCUUCGCAGCUACAAGAUCUACAACACCAGUUGAUCUCCGCCGUCACGCAUCACAGCUUUAUGGCGGAAAACCUUAAAUCACUGUAUCGCGAGACGUGUAGCCGAAUUGAACCACUUUAUAAGCAGCUGGAAAACGCCAUCUAUGAAGCAGAUUUCUUCAGGGCUGUGUACGAGGACCAGCUGCCCCAUCAUCGCCAUGCCUCGGAGGUUUUCCGCGCCUUCAAUACCACGUACUUUGUAGUCAGUUGGAAGGAAACGUGCGAAACAGUGUGGUACCACAUCCAGGAAGACCCUUUUGAGCUGAAAAUAAAGCAUUAUAACGAAAAAUUCCGAGCACAUGAAUGGCUCUUCCUUGGAGGCACUACGACUGAGGUGUAUGUCGCGGCGGCAGCGACGGCCGUGACGGUGGUGACGGAAUCUGAAAAUAAGAACUGCGAUGUCUCCAGUGCUAUCUGGAAGGUCACCAGGGACAACAUCGUGAUACACAAUUCCCUCGAGUCUGGUGAGCGUCUGUCUAUGUUUGCUGAGGGGAAUCUAGUAACGCUGAGGGUCCAUGCUGCUGACCACACCGCCAUCUACAACCUCAAUUUGCUCUCUGGCAAUUUGUCACCGAAACGGACCGUCCACACUGCCUUUGACAUUUAUAAGACCACUGUGACGCCGAGAAACCAGACUGUCAGCUUCAGAAGCCUUGCGGGACAUGGUAUGCUACUUGUGGACGAUGACGAAGGAGAGGUGGUACAGACUGAGCGAAGUAUUGAUGACUGCGUAUUCGUGGAGGAAGAUGGACGCUUGUAUCUUCUCCUGGCCAUCACUAGAGCAGAAGUGCACAGAGACGAGUUCCUACUGGAGUUACAUUCUGUGGAUGUAGCAUCGAGGACGCUUACUUGGGAGAGUGUUCAUAGGAUGGCUGCCAAGACUCGACUCACCGUUUUCUUCGCUGGUAGUCGCAGCACUGGUGCUUACAUCGUGGUGGCGCUUCAGGAGAAUGGCACUACACUUGUGUACAGCCUUGUAGGAGCAACCUUAAAGGAGUUUGCUUCCUUAAGUACUCCACGAGUGUCUUGGGCUGAGUACGUUGCCGUGCCCAGCCAGCGCUUUCCGCCCUUCCCUGACCAUUAUUUGCUACUUGGUCAGUAUAACAGAACGAGUGUCUUAACUCAGCUCGUCAUGAGGGGGGGUGCUGUUCCCCAAACAGGCUAUAAGUGUCACCAAGAGCAACCAGUUUCACCAUAGACCAUUGGCCACCAAGGCUUUGACAGCGUGUAACAAUACAUGACCAUCCUAUGUAUAAAUAUAUGUUUAGUCAGUUACUACUCAGCCAUGUUGGUUGCAGAUUGGACGACUUGCCUCACGCGACUUAGUGCAAUCUGACGAACCGAGGCAUAGACAUUCUUAUCUUUAGCGAUUGUAUGAAAGUUAAAAUUUCAUGUCUGUCGUGUACUGUACCCUACAAUGCAAAUUCAAAUAACUAAAAAAAAACUGUUUACCUUAUACCUUGAAAAUUUAUCUCCGGAACUCCUUCACAAAAUUUUCUUAUGAGAUCUGGGACUUGCUUUGCUCCUUCUCGGGUAUCUUCUAGAGUUCUUGUAUGCACUUUAUUUAAUAAUGAUGAUAAUUGUAGUAACAAUAGGUAUCAGAAUAUUGAUAAUAUUUACUGUAACAAUGGUAGUGCUGAAGCUCGGAAUAGGGUGCGAAGCUCCAGUUCCUAUUAUCGGACUUAAACAUCACUGGAGCUUUUGGGUGUGUCUAGUUUUUAGGAACAGAUUCGAAGAGAAAUCCAAUACACCCCAGCGAGAAGCAAAAGUGAAAGUUAACUGACAGGUGAAAAUUGCAAAACCCAACUUUCCUGUUCCAUUAAUCCAAUGUUGGGUUAGCCACCCGCACAUGUCGCCCACACCUGUCUUCUGCAUCCUCCUCCGCCACGUUGAAUUGUAAAGGAUCUCACUCGACUCCAGCUUCGUGACAUAAAUCUCUUAGUCCCUCAUACUACACUGGGUUUUCCAUACCACCUUCACGUGAUCAACUCUUCCAAUUCCAAUCACGUGGUCGUGAUUGGAAUUGGAACAGUGAUUGGAAUUUAUCCGGAUUUUGAGAUUCAGUGAAGUAAGUGUAUUCUAUAGAAUACAAGCCUUUAACAAAUCUUGGUUAUUCUUUUAAUUCGGAUAAAGACUUUCAAAAGAACAGUAGGUGUCUCCAUGGCUUUUUGUAGGUUAAGUGGACCAGCGAACCACUCGUACAUCCUGGUAAAGUCACUGGCAAUAUUUUGUGUUCUGAGCGGUGAGCACAUAAACGUACUACAUGUCAUAUGGAUGUACUAAGCCCAUAUACAUGAAUGGUUAUAUUAUGCAAACAAGAAACAUUGUGCAAACAUGUAUUAAAAUUUUCACUCGUACAAAAGUAACAUGAAAUAAGAGGUACAGUUCCUUAUAUAUUUUUUUUUUUUUUACUGUAAAUCAUUAGUCAGGAGGGUCAUUUUCCUUCGUCCUUUGAGUUUAGACCAUUCUUGUAC